AUGACGGACUCUGAGCCGUCGUAUAUCGAUUAUGAGACCUUCUUGGACCCAAACUUCUCACCUACGUCUUUCGCCAAUUCGCUAGUCCUAGCCACGAACAACCCAUCAGACACGCCCUUAGACCUCUCUACACCGCUUUCAAGAGUGUUGUUCGAUGUGCAAGAAGUUGAUACACAUAUCCACACUUUGACAACGAAAUCCGCACUACCAUUACUUAAUUACACAAAAGACCAGGACGAUGCUGGCCAGCGAAUUGUCAGCGAGGUCGAAGCUCAGGUAGCAAACCUCACAGAUGGCUAUCAACGGCUAGAAAGAGAAGUCAUACAGCGGUACGAAGCUGCAGAUGAGGUCCGCGUUGCCGUAGAAAGGCUAUGGCAGACCGUGAAGAUUGGCCGUGGGGUGGGAAGAUGUCUACUGCUCGGGCGACAGCUUGAGGCUCAGAUGGGUGAAGUUGGCACUGGGAGUGCAGCGAAGAAGGAAGACCACAGGGCCAUGAUACGGGCAGCGAAUACGCUGCUUACUAGUCGCCAACUGCUCGCCGCUUCUGGACCUGAUGAAGAAGGCGAGCAUUUGCUACGCAUCAAUCUCAUUUCGAGUCUCCAAAGUGGCCUCCUCGCUUCUUCUGACAGCAUUUUGCAGAAUCGGGGGCAGCAGGUCAUCCGCGAGUUCUCCAUGUCUUCGCUCGCUCCGUCGCCGAGCGGACCUGCAACUUAUGCCCAAUCCGAAGAGACGAAGGCCCGAACAAUUUCCGCCCUCCUGACUCUCCACCUCCUCUCCCCGCAGCUUCUUCUGUCAGCCCUCCAGUCAUACCUCCGCACAUCUCUAACAUCUUCUCUCGCCUCCAUUGCCAGGGCUCUGGCUAAUCUCCCAAAUCUGGACCGGACCUUACUCGAAGUCUCUGCUCGUUGUCAAAACAUCGUUGCCCUCGAGGCUUUGCUUGAGACUGUCAAAGCUCCUUCUCAUCCAACGAAGGAGACUAAAAACGGUGGAGAGGAGCGAUCAAAUUUCCUGCGGCCUCUACUUGCAGCAUUGGACACUUCGUCAUUGCCAUCGUACUUCUGGCGAAGUUUGGCCGAAGGACUUGCUGGGAGGGUGUCUGACCUGGUAGCCAGAGGAGGCGUGAAUGCAAGAAGCUUGAGGACUCAGAGGGAUAGGGUCAGAGAAAGUAUCAGAGACUGCGUAUUUAAAGGAAGUCAAGGACCUGGCGGCGCACGAGGAAGAGCAGGGGCAUGGGAAAGAGAAGCUGCGGUGAUGGUGGGAAGCGUAAUUGGGGCUUUGGGGAGAUGA